AUGCUCAUCAUAACAAAAAUUACUAAUUUAGAUACAAGAUUAUUUAAUUUAACAUACGAUAUUUAUUGCUCGGAUCCAAACUUGACGCCACAUGAUUUUAUCAAGGAUUUUAUUAAAGUCAGACGAGCAAUGAGAAAGUCUACUGGAAGUAAAAAAAUAUUUGCUAGAUGGAAGAAACCUAUUCAAGCUUCUCUAAAGUGUACGCCAAAAAAAAUAGGGUACGGAAAAAGAUUAUAUCAUUUCAAGGCAGCAAAUGCCGGUUCACUAGCGUUUUCAGAAGAAAACUCCUCAUUGGGAUCAUCUGAAGCUACUCUACCUUGUAAAAUAAGAAAAUACUCAGAUGGUAGUGAAUCAGCAUACUUGGACUAUACAGCAUUUAGAUUUCCACGUAAUAUGAUUCACACCACGAGUGACCCAGUAUAUUUUGACACCACGGCUGGCGAUGUAGCAUACGGAAGUACGCGAAUGUAUAGAUUUAAGAAAUACUACAACGAAACAAUGCGCGACUCGAAAAAUACAACACACGAUUUCAGGAGCGCAAAGAUUCACACUACGAGUGACCCAAUAUAUUUUGAAACCACGGCUGGCGAUGUAGCAAACGGAAGUACCCAAUGGUAUAGAUUUAAGAAAUACUACAACGAAACAAUGCAUGAUUCGAUAAAUACAACAAACGAUUUCAGGAGCGCCAAGACCAAAUAG